AUGUCCUUUCGAAACGACAACGCAUCUGAUUCAGCUGGCCCAUGUACCAAUUUCUACAUCCGUGAAAACCGCACCACGACUCAAACCAGUACCGCCAACGACUCUUUCACGGACGAACAUCCACUGCCGGUGUGGUCGCGAGCGCUUGUCGUCAUCGCGGUGACGACAUUCAUCAUCAUCUCCAACAUCAUCAACGUGGUCGUCUUGCGACGGAUUGACGGAAUUCCCCGAAUCGCCAGGGUGUGUCUGAUAAACCUGGGUCUCGCCGACCUGACCGUCGGGGUGAUCACGUGUCUGCUGGCCGUCGUGCCCGCCUUUCUAGGACGAUGGCCGUACGGCGACGUCGUGUGUCAGGUAUCCAGCGUCGUGCACGGCAGUUCCGCCACUGUUUCUGUGUGGACUCUAUCCAUCAUCAGCGUCGACCGCUACAUCGCCCUGGUGAAGCCGUUGAAGUACCCGCUGUGGAUGUCGUUAAAACGCGUCUUCGCUGUGAUCACCGUGACGUGGAUUGUAGCCAUCGGUAUGUUCGUCGCACCAAUACCGACAAAAUCAGAAUUCAACUACUACCAGUACAGCAGAGUUGAAAUAAUGUGCGGUCUGUACUGGGAGUACCCGCUGUUUGGCAUCGUCACAGUUGCCGUCGUACACGUUGCGUCAGCCGCAGUCAUCGUUGGGUGCACAAUCAGAAUUGCGCUGUCCAUCUGCCGAGUGAAGAAGAUCCUAAACUCGACGGGGAACGACGCCAAGCCAAUCUUCAAACGACGGCGAGAACUGAAGGCCGUGAGGACGCUGGUAAUAACGGCCUUGACCUUCUUCCUCUUCUGGGGGCCGUACGUGGUCAGUAUUCUGAUGUACUCGUUUGACGGGAAGACACGAGUUCCGCCGAUAGCCGAGUUCGUGUUCGUGUGGAUGGCGAAUAGUAACAGCUUCGUCAACGUCGUUAUCUAUUCCUACCUCUACGAGUCGUUCAGGGAUCAAAUCAAACUGUUAGUGGCGUGUCUUUUUCCGUUAAAGUUAAAGGUAAAGGAAUGCACGGUCUACGGACGCGUAACAAAGCAGCGCGACGGCGGCUACGAAGUGCCCGUGUGCAGACUCGGAUCCAUGUUGCUUGUUGGAGAUGCUGUUGUAGCUGAGCUGCAUUGGAGGGCUCUGGAGAUGUUAAUGUCUUGGCGUCUGGUGAUAGCAAUAAACGCAGGCCCCACGUGCAUACUGUUCGUAUUAACGCGAAUCACGUGA